AUGGCCACUCAGCACUCGUCGACAGAGCCGCUGAGGUCGGUCUCGCCCGUCGAGCUCUUGCGCCCUGCCACGGCGCAUACCCACGAAUCCAACACGCUCAACGUCCCGGGCAUCAACAUCGACGGUGCCUCCGACGACGACGAGCGACAGCCACGGAGCACCACGCAAGCCGCCAUUCCCAGCGCGACCGCCAGCCGCGCAGUCUCUCCCAAUGCCCAAGCCACCUAUCCUCACGCCAUCUAUCCUCACACCCAGGUCACCUACGAUGACCCCGACUUCAGGCGCCCGCCGCCACUCAAGUACUCGUUGCGAAUCCGAAAGAAGGCCAUCGUCUACUUCUGGUGUCUGAUUGUCGUCGAUUGCAUCUUGAUGCCCAUUGGCAUGUACUUUGGCCUAUGGUACGGCCUGUCCAGAGACCAGCUGUCGGCAAACGCCGUCUUCAGUAUCAGCACCGCAAUGCUGGGAACCGUUUCCAUCGUCGAGUACUUUGUCCGUUUUUUUCGCCUGUGGAAGAAGAACUCCAACUGCAGAGUCAUUGGCGCGCAGAGGCAUUAUCUCGACUGGUUUCACUGGAAUCUUUCGGUAGGAUGGUUCUUCGUCAUGAUCGAGCUCAUCGCCGGCACAUGUCCCAAGUAUCCUCCUAUCCGCGUUCUCGCAAUGCCUGCGCCAACUAUGCUCUUUGCCAUUGGCGUACAACUCCUGAUAAUCGACGUCCUCCGCUACCUGAAAGUGCCCGCCCCCUGCCGCAUUUCCUCGCUACCCAUGGGUGCACCUCUCCGACCGGGCAUCUACCCAUAUAUUGAAGACAUCUGUGCCGUCGAUGGCUCGGGUACUACCGACUUCCGACAAAGGCUGAACCUCAGGUACCAGGCUAGCAAGGGCUUCCGCGAGAUGCUACAUCGCCUGACUCUCUUCUGGGCUAUUGGCGCCGUUGUCUGCUCCUUAGUCUGCACCGUCAUUGUCUUCACUAUUCCGCGAGAUGCUGCCUACGUUGUCGGUUGGGUAAUGCCAUUCCUCUGGGCGGGCAUCUGGACCGCCAUUACUAUUCCAUGGGUCCAAAGAGAUCUUGAGAAAGAGUACAAUGAAUGGACUACGGCGAAGUGGAAGGCUUAG